CCCUGGCUUUACUGAAUUAACUAGCUGUGUCUGCUGUCUAGUUGGACCAGAUUUAGCUAGAUAAUGGGGUAGAGAAUAGUUGAGCGGUGCUGUGUGUAGCUUGAACUGUACUGGCUGGCAAGAAUCUAGUAAGCACCCUAUGCACUGAUAACUCGUCAGAAUGGAGGGUAUGUUCUAGGGAUCUGGACAGCUGUACAUCCAAAGGAGCCAGGGAGUGCCAAUCAUCUUCUCCCAGUCUCUGACACGCUAAACAAAAGGAGCUAGAACUGGGAGUCCCAGCUAGAAUUGCUAGCCGGAUCUAGACUAAUAGAAUGACUUGGAGGCGUGGUGAGGCCGGAUCCACACUAAUUGAUCGACCUAAAGACGCUCCUGUUCCAGAUUUCACGAAUGGCAAGGAAAGGGUUAUUUUUCAAAACUUUUGAAUCCAAAUGGAGCUGAUUGGACUCCUUGACACUGUCAGCGAGCUUGAGCACACUGUCAGAGAGCUUGAGGAGGACCAGGAAGUCUGUUAUGACCAUGACGAGCCCAGUGAUGACGAUUUUGAGACAGAUCUGGAGAGUGAUUCAGAUGCUGCAGUGGAGGAUGAUGACGAAAUGGUCGAUGGCAUGGCUCCGACUCCCAAACGGAGGAAGCUGGCGAGGGACAAUGGACUCCAAAAAGCUAAGUCCACAGGAAGAUACCCCGUCUUUGGCGGUGUGGUCGGUCCUGUCGAUCAACUUGAUCCGUCUGUAACUCCAUGCCUAGAUUUUGUUAAGUUACUUUGGCCCGAUAGUUUGUGUGAGUACAUAGCCGAACAGACCAACCUGUACGCUAGGCAGUGUGGUGCUAAGGGUUGGUCAGCUACAAACAGUGCCGAAUUGUGGGUGUUUUUGGGGAUUGUACUAGAGAUGGGCAUUCAUAGGCUCCCUGAAAUUACGGACUACUGGUCCAAGGAUCCCCUUUUAGGUGUACAAUGUGUGAGCAAUGUAAUGUCGCUCAAAAGGUUCCAAAGUUUAUGGCGGUAUCUGCACUGUGAGGACAAUACGUCCAUCACUGAUGCACGUAAGGUAACUAGCAAGCUAAAAACUGUUUUAGAGACUCUUAAAGCCAACUACUUCAUGAGGUAUAAUCCCAGUCAGGAGCUUUCCGUUGAUGAGAUGAUGAUAAAGUACAAGGGUCGUAAAAGCGGGAAAAUUCAUAUGCCCAAGAAGCCUGUUAAACUGGGGUUCAAGGUAUGGUGCUGCUCAUGUUCAUGCUGUGGGUAUCUCUGUGUGUUUGAUGUAUACAGUGGUAAGCUCACCGAUUCCUCUGGGAAAAAGAUAGCUGUGAAAGGGCUUGUGAAAAAUGUAGUCCAUCGUUUACUCACUCCUUUUUAUGGUCAUCAGCAUGUUGUGUACAUGGACAACUUUUACACGUCCGGUCCAUUGAUAGAAGAGUUGGCUAAGCAAAAUGUGUUUACUGUCGGCACAAUUUUGAAGAAUGCUGCUGGUUUCCCAGCAAGUCUUAAGGAUGUGGUACUCGACAAAGGUGACUAUACGUCCAUGACUGUUGGUGAUAUUUCUUACUCUAUGUUUAACGACCGUAGAGUUGUGUCCUUUGCAACAAAUGUGUUCCCUGACCAUAUGCCCCACACUGUAAUGCGAAUGCACAAAGACGGUACCCUACGCUCUCAGAGUGUCCCCCCCUGUCUCCCUGCAUAUAACAUGUACAUGGGAGGAGUUGACAAUACAGGGCGUAUGAGGAAAACCUAUGGGUACGAUAGAAAGUGUCGGCGGUAUUGGUUCAGGAUUUUCUUUCAAUUCCUUGACGUUAGUGUGAAUAAUGCAUACAUUCUAUACAGGCACAACUGUGUCAGGGUGGGUUCAAAGGCCAUGCCUUUGAAAGGGUUUCGAUUGGAACUAAUUCAUAGUCUAUUGGGUGUGCCACGUACUCGUAGCAGUGCCUCAGGUCUGGCCAGUCUAAAUAUCGUUUUCCCCCCAUCACAGGGCGCACGUGUGAGUGCAAAUAGUGUCGGAGUGUCUCGUGGGCGCUGUCAAGUGUGUGUUCGGGAGAAGAUCCCUAGCAGAGAGCAGCAACACACUGCAAUGGCAUGUCCCCACUGUCGCAUAAGAAUAUGCAAAGGACACUCUGUUAUCGGACACACAUGUGCUAGCUAAUGUGCUGUGUGACUGAUUUUUGUUAGAUGGUACUCUCCUGGUCUAAAUUGGCCUUGGAGAGGGGAGGAAAGGGGUAUUAUUUCAAUGAUUAAUAAAAUUGUGAUAAAGAA